AUGGGCAAUCCAUUCAGCAAAUAUGUGAAGAUUGAUCUUUACAAAUGGUCGAGUUCAGACUUUCCUCAAGAGUACGCUCUUGUUUACACUUCUCUUGAAGAUGCGUCCAAAAUCAGCACUUUACGGUUGAGCGUCAACACAGACAUGGUGCUAUGCAGACAUACUGACAACAUGUGCAACGAUCAUCCAGUACGAAUAUAUGUGAAGAUCACUGCUCUAAGAGACAGCAACGGAGAUUGCAAGUUCGGGGAAGUCCUAGUUAUUGAACGUGGGAAUAAAGAAGAUAGAACUGUGGACGACGACUACGCAUCGUUCACUUAUUGUUGUGAUGAUGAAAGUGGUGAUUUUUGGGUGAAGUGUAGAAGUCAAAAUCUUGAUCGUGUGAAUAUGGAGAGAACAUAUUGGGAGUUUAGUCACUCCUAUGAUGUUGGUCUUAGAAGAAAGCUUAAAUAUUUUGUGAGCAUUCAGUGCAAUAAAGAGACAGGACUUAGCGUGGUGUUUAGUGGGCCUUUUAUGUACAAGGGUGUGAUUUUUGACGAUGAACUAGGUUUGCAGAGUAAGCGUGAGGUAUCGGGAGAACCCCCAAAAGGGUUGAUUGCAAAUGCUGAAAGUGCAUUUGAAGGAAAAGGGUACACCCUCUUGAAAAGGAAUCAGAAUGGGUGCACCCUACCUUCGGAAAAAGCUAAGAAAGCCAUUAAAACUGGUGCACAAGCUCUGCCAGUGCUUAAUCCAGGUUCACAAGCUUCAGGACUGAUUAAUAAUCUAGGUUCACAGACUCAAGGUCAUUUCAAUGGGGCUGUACUACAUAAUGUCCAGAUUUAUGGACAAUACCAGCUUGGACGUACCGUGGAGACCAAUAACUCUCUGAGUUGA